AUGUCUUUAUACUCCAGUCCACCGCCCCUGCGUAGCGCCGACGAUGACAAGCCCACACUCCUGGUCUGCUGGUGGAUCACCAUCUUCUGCGCCGUUAUGAUCAUCAUCCGUGUCCUUGGUCGGUUCAUCCGCACAGAGAAGCUCUUCCGGGAAGACAAGGUUGCCGCCCUGGCUCUUAUUCCCAUCUUCCUGCGCAUGGGAUGCGUGCACUUCAUCCUCGUACACGGCACCAACAAUGCCGACUUUAGUGGCGUUGAUCUCACCGAUGAGCAGAUCAGGAAGAAGUCGAUUGCGAGUGGGCUUGUCCUCGCGGCUCGCGUGCUCUACGCUGCGACGUUAUGGAUCUUCAAAAUCGCCGUUGUCGAAUUCUUCAAGCGCCUCACAGACGUUACCUGGGAGCGCUCCUACCGCAUCGCCCUAAACUACAUCUGGGGCGCCAUCAUCCUGACUUUCGUAGCCGUCGUCAUCAGCGACCUCGCCGAAUGCCAGCCCUUCCACCACUACUGGCAGGUCCUUCCCGACCCGGGCCCCCAAUGCCGUCAAGGGUUCGCCCAGCUCCUUACUUUCGCCACGUGCAACGUCCUCACCGACAUCCUCCUCGUCGUCUUCCCCGUCCCCAUCAUCCUGCGCAGCGCGAUGCCGCUCAAGCGCAAGAUCCAGCUCGUUCUCCUCUUCUCCCUUAACCUCUCCGUCGUCGUCACCACCCUCUACCGAGUGCCCCACAUCAUCUGGAAGGACGGUAGUCAGCAAUACCGCUCGCUCCUCGCCUCUGUUGAACUCCUUUUUGCCGCGGCGGCGGCGAAUACCCUCGUCCUCGGCUCCUUCGUGAGAGACCGAGGCAUCAAGAAGCAGAAAUUCCGCUACGACUCCGAGGACGUAGAAUCCUCCGAGUACGGCCGUCGUCGGUCCUCCGAACGAUCCAGCCACCUCCGCCGGCCCACCAUCCACCGCCAUUGGGGUAGUGACGAGGAUCUCGUCCGCGACCUGGGCAUCGGCGUGAAGCCCGAGCUGCGCGAAAUCCCAGAGCUCUCGCCCGGAAACGAACCCGACUUCACCGCGCCCUUCUCCCCCGCGCCCAUGACUAGGCGUCUUUCUGAGCACUUGGACAUGGACGACUGGCACUUCCCGCCUUCGGAUGCCCGUGCCCCGAGCAAGGACGAGCGGAGCGAAGACUCCCUCAUCCACUCGGAUCCGCCCGCGUCACCGCCGCCCGCCAAGUUGUCUUCCAACAGCCAGCGCCGAGGCUCCGCGACUAAGAAACCGCUCGCGUUCUUCGACGUCGGCGGUCUAUUAGACGACGAGCCGCCCCUCGGCAGCGGAGCCAACCCCGCGCGCGACCGCCGCGAUAGCGGCAGUCCCACGGCGCCCGGGAGGUUAAAUUCCCGCCAGGGGCUCUUACCCCAGCAGUCCACCACUACCAGCGGCGUGAGGCGCGGAUCGGCCGCGCUGCUUCAGGACUUGGGGGGCUUUUUCUCCUUUCCUUCGCCGUCGAGUUCUUCGAGGAAUUUGACUGUUUCUUCGAACGCGAGAAGAAAUCGGUCGGUUGGCGGGUCGGAGAUGGUUGCGCCGGAUGAGACGCCUGAAUUACAGGAUAUCGGCGGCCUGGCGAGAUGA